AUGAAACUUGAAGUUCAGUAUGCUGUGGAUUUCCUGAUUACACUUCUUAGAAAGAAGUGUAAAAACACGACCAAGGUGGAACAUUUUCGUAGAGAAAUAACGAAUUUACUUUUGAAGCAUAUAUCUGAACAUUGGUACCCCCAAAAUUCUCAGCAAGGAUCUGGAUAUCGAUGCAUCAGGAUUCAAUCUUUGAAGAUCGAUCCCAUAGUGCUGAAAGCUGCUCGUGCAUGUGGCUUUAACAACAAAAUCUUUUCCGACAUCUUUCCUGAAGAUUUUACUUUGUGGAUCGACCCUUAUGAUGUGUGCUACCGAAUUGGGGAGUACGGCAGCUGCAGUCCACUGUAUUUUAUUCCGGAACCUGAACGGCCAGAAGAGCAUAGGCCCAAAACCCCUACCCGCAGUUACCACGGUACCCCUAAACGUAGUGUUGCCAUGAAGAUAAAGAAAAUUCAGACGGAUUACGAGGAUUCCUCCGAUUCUUGUAGUCCCAUGAGUAUCUCUCCACCAUCGCCAACAUACGUUCAUCCCAAUUCGUGCAAGCAGAGUUUCCAACAUUCUCCAUUUAAUCAAGGUUUUGGUGUAUCUGCGUAUGUAGCCAGUUAA